AUGGCUCUGAUCCGCUCAAGGAGAGAACUGAAGGCCCAGGAGGCCGACAAAGCAUCCGAGGAGGAACAGAUGGGGCUUCAGCAGGCAGAGCAUGACUUCCCCGGACUGAAGCCCUCCAGAAGGCCAAGGCCUUUGAGAGACACUGAGAUACACAGUCGCAUACACAACCGGGCACACGGAGGAGACCCGGGCUCCGGGAGAGACUCUCCCCCGGAGAAUCGGGGACACAAGAAUCACGCACGAGCGGAGACCAGGACCACGCGGGAGACGGAGACCCUGGACUCGGCGACACUCGCACAGGGACGCCCACGGCCCCGGAGAAACCCGGAGCCACACGGACACCCUGGCGGGGUCUCGGGGAUCGCGGAGCCCCCCGCCCGGCCCCGCGCCCUGCGGGCCGCACUCACCGGCUCCGGCCGCUCGGCCGCGCCUUUGUUGUCCGCGCCGCUCACAAAGGCGCCGGCGGCCGCCCCGCACCUCAGCUGCCCCGGCGGCCGCGGGCGCCCAUGGCCGGGCCGGCCCAGCCCCGCGCCCCAGCCGCCCGGCCCGCCGCCGCCCGAGCCAAUGGCCGCGCCGCGCGCAGCCCGCGAGGUCACGGCCCGGUCCGGGGUGCGCCCGCCGCCGCCGCCGCUGCCGAGCGGCCUGGUCCAGCCGCGGCGCACAACGCAACGCGGCGCCGCCCCCGCCCUCCUGCCAGCCCGGCCCGCCGGCCUGCUCGCCGCGGCUGAAGUCACCGCUUAA